AUGGCCUCAAUAGAAGCUAGACGCUUACUUAAGGCAGCCAGACAAAGAAAACAAGAUGCAGAGACUUGCAAUACAACCACUAUGAACUCUGCAUUCAGCCCAAACAAUCCCUAUGUCAAAGGCACUUCUGAAAAUGUAGUAACAGAUACCUCACCUGAGAGUACAGAUAUAUCAAUCGCCUCUAAGGUAAAUACCAAAGGCAGAGAAUCACAAAACAUGGUAACUGAACCAAAAGCAAUAACAGAAUCUUCACCCAAAAGUAUAGAUAUAUCAAUUGCUUCAAAGACAAAUACUAAAGGUGGAGAACCACAAAACAUGCAAAUUGAAUCAAAAACAAUAACAGAAACCUCACCUGAGAGUAUAGAUAUAUCAAUUGCCUUAAAGACAAUUACCAAAGGUGGAGAACCACAAAAUAUGGAAAUUGAACCAAAAGCAAUAACAAAGGGGACAGUCAAACCCAUACCAGAUACUUUAAUAAGUGAGGCACCUUCAAACGAGCUGGACUUUGGUUCUACUUUUAACAGCCCACAAGAGGAGCACCCAACAGGGUACGAUACGCCUGAACCAGGAAAUCAGCACUAG